CAUGUAAAAAAGCUGAAACUUGUCAGACGCACUGAGAGGAGGGAGAUGUGCUUAGCUAUCAUCAAGGACAAGGAGAGCGGGUUUAUGUCUUCUCUGUCUGAGUUGCAGAAUUCAGAUCUGUUGUCAUUGCAGGUUUCAGAGUCCUUUGCUCUUGAGCUUCUUUCGAGUUGAACUUUGAACUUGAACAAGUCCAUGUAAUAAUGGAGGCCCAAAGCCCACCACCUUCUAAGAUUGCUCAUGUUGCAGAAACUACUGGUUCGAUGGAAGGAAGGUCAUCUUUGAUUGGGCUUGGACUUGGGCUUGGGCCUGGGCUUGACAAUGGAAAGACUGGGUUUACCUUUCUACAGUUGCAGGAGCUAGAACAACAAGCUCUCAUCUUUAAAUACAUGGUUUCUGGAGUGCCUGUCCCUUUCCAUCUCGUCUUUCCUAUCUGGAAGAGUGUUCUGAGCUCCUUUGGCGGUGUUAAUGGUGGUAUCUAUCAACACUACCCUAACUUUUUAGGUUGCAGUAGUUCCUGCUUUGACUACAGAAACAGCAUGGAACCAGAACCAGGGAGGUGUAGGAGAACGGACGGAAAGAAAUGGAGGUGUUCUAAGGAUGUGGUUCCUGACCAGAAAUACUGUGAGCGGCACAUGCACAGAGGCCGCAAUCGUUCAAGAAAGCAUGUGGAAGCCUCUCAUCUCACUACUACUACUACUACUGCUGCUACAACCAAGAAGACGAAAGGCAGUACUGGGAACUCAAGUUCAAGCACCAUUAAUCUCUCUGUUUCAGACUCUGUAAAUCUUCAACUCGUUACCAACAACAACAAUGGCAUCACCUCUACCAGCCACAACAACAACAGUAAUGCUUCUGCAAGUUUGGGUUUCUCUCCAAAGAGUGUUCUUCAGAGUAAUAUCUUGAAGACAGAAUCACCUUUGUGAUUUGGGGAUGAUAUAGAAGGGGUUUUAGACUAUUUGAGGUCAUUUUGUUGAAGGGCUGUCUCAAAUUGGGGAAGCAGAGGCUCAUUAUCAUGGUGGUGUUUGGAAGAGGGGGAGAAGACUGGUGCUCUGCACCAUCAUUGUCUCCUGCUUUGGCAUUUUCCAACUUUUUAAGAACACUUUGAGGUUUUUUAGUUUUAAUUAUCUGAGUUGACCCUACAUGAGUUUAUGUUUGCUUUCUUUGUUUCAUGUAUGUAGACAGCAUUUCAUGGAUGAAUUAGCAGGCAAAAAAAUGGAGUUUCAGAAAAUUUUCUA